AUGGUAGCAACUAUAAUAAAAUCAAAGAAUUUCACGACGAUUUCUUGCUCAAUCCGCACCUUCGGAAUUGCACAGCGUCUAAGAUUAUCGCCUGUCCCUUCGUUAUCAACAAGUAAGAAAUAUAGCACGAAAUCAAACCAGGAAGAGAAUAAGGAUGCGGAAGGGACGAUAAAUGUGGAAGACAAAAAGAAUCAGUUGAAAAGUUCUAGCGUUCCAACUUCACGAAUAUCGAGAUUAUUUCAUUAUGGUUCACUAGCAGCUGGUGUUGGAAUGAAUGCCGCCGCACAUGGUAUAUCAGAAGUUGCAAAGGGCAAAUCUCCAACUUGGAAGUCGUUGAUUUUGUCUGAUGCAAAUAUUGACCGCAUAACUAAUAAGUUCUCUAAAAUGAGGGGUGUAGCUUUGAAAAUAGGGCAGUUAUUGUCUUUUCAGGAUGAGAAAGUACUACCGAAGGAAUUGUAUGAAAUAUUAUCACGAGUACAAAACAGUGCAAAUCAUAUGCCUCAGAGACAAUUAGAAAGAGUUAUGGUCAAUGAAUUAGGCGUAAACUGGGAAGCUAAAUUUUCUAAGUUUGAAAAAGUACCCAUGGCAGCAGCAAGUAUUGGGCAGGUGCAUGCUGCAGAAUUGCCCGAUGGCCAACGAGUGGUUGUUAAGAUUCAAUAUCCUGGGGUAAAGGAGUCCAUCGACUCGGAUCUAAAUAGUUUGCUAAUGUUGCUUACAGCUUCAAGUUUAUUACCUAAGGGUUUAUUUUUGGAUAAAACAAUUGCUAAUGCUAGAACUGAACUAAAAUGGGAAUGUGAUUAUAACAGGGAAGCCAGAGCCUUGCAAAAAUUCGAAGCAUUGCUGGAGGAUGACCCAGCAUUCGAAGUUCCCCAUGUGUUCCCUGAAUACACUACAGAUAAAAUCAUAACCAUGACGCGUAUGGAGGGAACGGAAAUAAUGAAGCUUUCCAAAGCAUCCCAAGACACUAAAAAUUUCAUUUCAGAAAAUAUCAUGAGAUUAUGUUUGGAAGAAAUUGCUACGUUUGAAUACAUGCAAACCGAUCCUAACUGGGCUAAUUUCCUUUAUAAUGAUAAAACAAACAAGAUUGAAUUACUAGAUUUUGGUGCAUCUAGGCCAUUUGCUAAAGAAUUCAUUUUAAAAUAUAGAAAACUUCUAACAUUUGCGGCUUUGAAUGAUCGUAAGGGCGCCUACGAAAUGUCAGUGCAAUUAGGCUACCUAACUGGAUUAGAAUCACAAGCCAUGAAGGACGCACACGUGGAUAGUGUGUUGACAAUAGGUGAACCUUUCAGGGGUGAUGUUAAUAAAGCGUUUGACUUCAAGGACCAAACCGUCUCAGACAGAAUCAGGGGCAAUAUCGGACUAAUGUUGAGUGAGAGAUUAUGUCCACCACCGGAGGAGACAUACUCAUUACAUAGAAAAUUUAGUGGUAUUUUCCUCUUAUGUGCAAGAAUGGGUGCUUCCGUUCAUUGUGCAAAGCUCUUUGAUGAAAUCUUUGCCCUGAAGGAUUGA